AGGAGGCGUGGCCGGCCCGCCAAGCUAGAAGCUAACCAUGGCGGUGGCCUCCACCGGAGCGAGAGCCGCCCAGGGCUCAAUAAUACACCUCCUGAGGCAGAGGGAGAUGGAAAUGAACGAAUGCAAGAUCGAGAGACUGGGCGGUAGGAUCACGAGAUCCGUCAUCUGUCCAGCCUCCCCACAGUCUUCAAUGGAGUUCUGUCCUGUGUGGAGUAAGACUUCGAAAAAGGCAGUCUGUAUUGGAUUGGAUAGGCGGAUAUACUUGCGACAAGUACCAAACUUGCUACUUUGUGUAGGUGUAAGUUAGUUUGCAAGAGACUCGAUGUUCAUGAUGAUAAUAUCAUUGGAUAUAGAGAAGGGUGCAGAGGGAAACCAAAGGAAAUGUACAGACUUCCAGUUGGACGAUUCAAAAUUGACAUCAAUUCAAUGAUCCUCUACAACUGCCAUCUGAGAAAGCCGCCUACCACCAUAGAGGAGCAGCGGCCAUGUCUGCUGGUUCAGACCACUGAUGGCUGGCUGAAAAUUCUCGAUGCCUGCUCUGGAGAAUGUCUCAGAUCUGCCUUUGUCUCUUCCAUCAUUAAAUUCAGCUCCCUGGACUGGGCUGACUACUACCACACUAUCCAACUAAAGUCCACCGUGAGUCAAAUUCGUCGAUCUGGAAGCCGUGGUCUGCCUCCUCCUACCAGUGAUCGCCUAAUGAUCAUGUACAUCUUCAAAAUCCACCCCCUUCAACUGGCUGGCUCCUUCAGCCUCAACAGAAGUGUGUUCGGAGCAAAGAUCAGAGAUGCUGAGCUCAGUGAAGACGUUCUGGUAGUAUCGCACUCGAACAACACUUUCAACUUCUACAGUUUUCGCUGGAUGCUGAAGCAUUGCACAGUGCUAGAGGCCAGUCUGGGGGAGUGGCUGGAGAUGGACGGUGGUGGGAGGUGUGGGAUUGUGGGGGAGCCUGGAUUUGGUGUCCCUCUCACAAUGAACAUCAAAGAGUGUCCACCAUUGCUGUUCACAACCCAGAGCAGUCUGGGUUAUGGAGUUCAGUUUGGAGGCUCGCCGGCCGUCUUCUGCCACAACUCCGUCCCUAAAUUCCCAGACGUUUUCCACAUUAGGGCACUGUCAGGAAGACACCUGGUGGCGGAAUUGAAGAACGAGUGUCCCACGAUGAACGAUGAUGUCGCAAAUUUCCACUUUGACAACUACCAGAGAUUCAUUCACAUACACGGAUGUACCUACAGCUCAUACAAGAUUCGUCACGCGGAUGGCCAGCCACACCGGCUUGAAAAACAGUACUCUGUUGAUUUCAAGCAACAGUCACCAAUUGGAUACCAGCUUGAGCAACAGGACACACCUGUGAUUACACUGUCUGGCAGAGUGGUUAAGAGAAGGAGUACUGACGGUGGCUUUAAUGACUUGAGUUCGUCUCUUCAUAAAGUGGAGUUGGAGGAUGAGGUUGAUCUUGUGUUCGCUGUGGUCACCCUGCCUGCAGGUGACGAUGAUGUGUCAGCCUACCUGUUUUUCCUGGAUGAUAAAACGGGAACUAUUUUGAAAACGGUUGAAAUACCGACAUGGAAACAGGUGUUGCUCCUAAUCGUUAUGAUUUGUGCUUUUGGUGUGAUUGCUACCAUUAUUGUAGGGUCUUUCGAACCUAAUUGACUAUGAACUGGACUGCAUUUUGCAUGUGGUGCAAGACGGAGCCACUUCAACAUGUCAUUAUUACCGCCUUACGAGGACAAAAAGAUGACCAGUGUUUUG